UUUUGGGUGGAAGGGGCGGUGUACAUAAAAGGAAAUAGAAUAAGAGUGCAAACAAAAGAAUUUAACCAAAUAAAGGCUAAGAAUAUAAAUGUUUAUCUAAUUUAUAUAUUAAAUUUUGUUAAGUAACAAUAUUCGACGUUCAGUUACGCGCUUAUAGAAGUAAGGAGAUCAAAUUUUAUGUACUUAUUUUGUGUAUGAAUUCUCUUUGUAACUUCUAUCAUUGAUUGACGUGUGAUAAAUUUAUGACAACAAAUUUAAGAAGGCUUACGUUUAUUAACACAUGUUAAAUCAAUAAUAGAGUAGUGUGUGAAAAGUAAAAAUAGUUAUGUAUAUAACACUACUAACACCACCCUACUUUAAUCAGAAUUGGAUCUCAUCCAGAUCUAAAUUGUGGAGAUUUUGGAGAUCCUCAUAUCUUAAUCGUUUAUCUUGUAUCGUAUGGUCAGAAAUCAUUUAACCUUUUUUUUGUUUAAAAUUAAACACAAAUGAUACUUAACGGAAAAUUGAUCACACGAUAUAUGAUGAAACAUAGGCUAAUGUGUCCUUUUCGAUGCUUUUUCAAAUAAAGCACAGUACAUGCAUGGCCAAAAUAGAAAAUGCUGACGCAAAUAUGUAAACCGGGAUUCUGAGUCUGUGACUCUAGGUUCUGCCACGUCUUUGCCGACAGCAUUGCAAAGGUUACAGUUGAAUUCAGUUCGGUCCGUCCGGUGCUAAUCAUGUCCCCUUUUUUUUUUUUCUUUUUUUCUUUUUUUUUUUAGUACAAAUCAUGUGCCUUGUUUGAUCCCCAUUUUUUCACAGAUUUUGUUUCUGCGUGUAGAGUGCGUGUUGAGAGAGAUUUCUGGUGCAUAUUCAGCCGUGUCUUGCAUUAUUCAACUUUGCUUUUAAGUUCAUUAUUGGUUUUCAUUCGUCCAUGUCUCUCCAAUCACCCAUUUCAUAUACUUUUUUCUUCACCUCAUUGAGACGCUAUAUAUGGGGCAUAUUUCUUUCACAUCAUGCAUCAUAAUAAAUGGAAGAUCUUUACAAGGCUUCCAAAAUGUACCAUGGAUAAUAACAGUGUGUAAGUAUACCUAAUAUUGCAUUAUUUUCAUGAAUAAUCCAAGUGGAUUUUGUAGUGGUGAAACUUUGACUACCAUCUCAUAGACAGGUUGAAUCAAUGUCAUUUCUGUUUUGUUUUUUUUUUUAAAUAGUUUGAUUAGAAAAAGUUAACACCAAAUGUAUAAAUCAUGUAGAAUAGUUGAUUGAACGACGCUAUAAAGUUUUUGCUUGAAAUGAUUAAAGCACUGUCUCAAGCUUUGGUUUUCUAUUAGACUUAAGCAUAAACCCACCUUAUCCUUUGUACAAGUGAAGAAUUUAGCACCAUGGCUACCACUUCAUUAUUCUAAGCUUUUCCAUAUCUCUAUUUGUAUAUAUGAGGGUAGCAUUCAACCCUCACUUCUUUCUUCUUUGAGAGUUUUGCAUACCAAUUGGAGGAAACCAAGGAAUUCGAUGCGCUGCAGUCAGAAUUUUGGAAGGUUUUGUAAUUUCUAGUUGCUUCGAAUUAUAGAGGCCAAAAACGUGAGACAACUUAGGGCAUAGAUGAUUUGGAUGAUAAAAAGCAAUUGGAAGCUCAGGGGUUCUUGGUUUUCGAAAAGAAGCAGCACAUACAGGUUUGUCUGAUAUGUCAAUGAAGAUUCUAGAACAGAUCAGAUAUGUCUCACAAAAUGGCUUGAAUAUAUACUAGGGCCCAAGGAAUGUGGGACCCAGGUACACUGAAUUUUAAAUUAUUUAUCAAAUUUAAGCCAGAGUACAAAAUUUAAUUUAUUUUCAAAGAUUGAAUUGGAAGGAAUAGUUGAAAAUCAAGAGUACGCAAUGGAUGAUCAAAAUACUAAACUAAGAAUAAUACUUUAUUAAUUGAAACGAAGAGAAUGUUACAAACCCGCCGAAAUUGCUCAUAAUCCGUAAGAUGAGAAGGACUGCCACCAACCCCAAGCCGGAGUAAGGGGCCGACGACUGAGGAUUGUAGAGUUUAGGGUUUUUGGUUUGAGGAGAAAGGGUUGGGAAGAGAGAAAAUUAGGUGUGUUGACAAUCUCUAAUUUAAUUAAUUUUUCCAACAUGAAUAAACCACUAUUUUCAUUGUCGAAGAUGAAUAGCUCAUUAAGAAAAUGUAUUUUAAUCCCUUGAAAAAUGAUAGAAUAAAAAAGGGAGACGUUUUCUUCAUUUCUAAUCCCCUCAAAAUGAAAGAUUAUUCAACUAUGCCUUCAUGACACCUUGAUUACAUGGUUAUAUAUCCAAUACUAGUAGAGCUAAAAUGAUGCAGUAAUUUAUAAGGGUAAUGCUUUGUUGCAAUAUGUUUCAAAAUGUCUUAUUAGAUAGUCAAUUUGGAUCACACAUUCAAAUGAGAAUAUUUAGUUAGUGAUCUAGGUCAGCAUUAACAGUGUGAUCAAAAAAGAAGUUUAUAUAGGUGUAUAGAGAAUCGAGUAAUUACCUGACAACUCCUUUAAAAGUGUUCUACAAUUCUCUGCAUAUUAUGGGUCGUACUCGUAUCUUAACUAUAACAUGAGACGCAUAUUAAAUGAUAAAUGCUAUAUCUGCGAUCAAGGUGCAGUUGAAAGGGAAAACCUGAAACCAACCGGAAGUCGUUAGUUCGUGAUAUGUUUCUUAUAUGUUAUAUAUAUUUUUAACUGCAAAGUAAUGGAUGCUUGGACAGUCGGUGGUGGCCAGAUUAGUACGACCAGUGUCUUGUUUUCUUCUGCUAGGAAGCAAGUUAUCUGCUUAUUCUUUUUGGUCUUUUUAUUUUUUUUUUCCUUUUAGUUGCAAAAGUUUAUCUAUUCGGUUUUUGCUCAAAUUUAUUAGUUUAUUUAUAAUGCUCAUACAAUCUGAAGGAAUUGUUCUCUUUGUUUGUUUGGGAAAAAUUGUGAAAAGGUUGAAAAUCCUAGGUCAAAGGAAAAUCCAUUCGACGGCUCCAAGUGUGGCCACUCUUUGUUUAACAUGGAUUUGGACCCACCAUUUUACAAGGCCUACAAGACCCUUUUCGACAAAACCGUCGACAAAGCCAACAACAUCAACAACAAGAAGAACGAGGAGGUGUUACAACAGCUUGUUAUGGUGGAGGAAUGUGAGCUGCCGCUGAUCAAUCUGGGGCGGCUGGAGCUAGGAGAAAAAGAGAGGGAGGAGUGCAUGACGGAGAUAGCUAGGGCAUCGCAAGAGUGGGGUUUCUUUCAGGUAGUGAAUCAUGGGAUUUCAGGAGAGCUUCUUCAUAAGAUGAAGAGUGAGCAAGAGAAGGUGUUCAAGCAAUCUUUUGAUAAGAAGAGGCAAGAGGACAAGUGCUUGAACUUUUUAUCGGGAACUUACCGUUGGGGAACUCCUUCUGCCACAUGCCUACGGCAGUUAGCAUGGUCUGAAGCUUUUCACAUUCCACUCAACGAUACUUCUGCUACAUCAGCUUCUGGUGUCAAUUAUACACUCAGCUCAACGAUGGAACAAUUUGCUACAACAGUUUCAAGUUUGGCACUGAAAUUGGCUGAAAUUUUGGCUGAGAAAAUAGGUCACAAAUCAACAUUUUUCCAAGAAAAUUGUUUUCCCGGCACUUGCUAUCUUCGAAUGAAUCGUUAUCCACCGUGCCCCAUCCCUUCUGAGGUGUUUGGAUUGAUGCCACACACUGAUAGUGAUUUCCUCACAAUAUUGCAUCAAGACCAGGUUGGCGGAUUGCAGUUGAUCAAAGACGAUGAAUGGAUCGCAGUUAAACCUAAUCCAGAGGCUCUAGUCAUCAACGUUGGAGAUCUAUUUCAGGCAUGGAGCAACAAUGUGUACAAGAGCGUUCAACAUCGAGUUGUCACGAACUUGCAAGUGGAACGAUUCUCAACUGCAUAUUUCUUAUGUCCUUCAUAUGACACGGUGAUACAGAGUUGCAUGGAGCCUUCUGUCUAUAGAAAAUUCAGCUUUGGGGAGUAUAGGCGGCAAGUCCAAGAGGAUGUUCAAAAACUGGGUUCGAAAAUAGGUCUUCCUAGAUUUGUCGUAUAAUUAGUAAUUAAUUAAACCACUACAGAUGAAUUUUGCUAGUAAAUUAUUAGGCUAUAUAUGUCGAUAUAUGUGGGGGAGAACUGAUAUAAUUAAAAAAAAUGUUAUGUAUAAUUAAGCUUAGCUUCAUAUUUUUUUGUUUUUUAAGGUUAGUUUUAUAUUAGAAAUGGAAAUUAAGGUUGUAUAGCAGUUCAGUAUAGUUAAGGGUUAUCUUUGCUGGAAAUAAUUAAAGGUCUAUUUGAUAUUCAGCGUGAAUCCAAAAUUAUUAGUCGAUUCGUUUGGAUCGAUCAUUGUAAGUUGUGAUAAUGAGAAUGUAAGGAUCAAUCAAUGUUGGUUGUUGUUUUA